AUGAGACAGCGUCACAAAGAAAACAACACCCCUGGUUCUGGUGGAAAACUAACCAGCAGUGUUUCUGCAAAGAGAAACAAGAGAAAAUCUAGCCCCAAGAUGAGUAGCCCAAUUGAGAAGAAAAUCGAUUUCAACGAUGGGGAAUCUAUCAGACAGCCUCUGUCGCCCUUGCAAUAUAACUCCCCCGAGUCUAGAAUGCACAAAAAGUGA